CUAAAACGACAACGAUUAUUUGGAGUAAUGCUUAUAACAAAUGAUGGUAACAACGACGACGACGGUAACGACGAUGACGAUGACGGUGGUUAUGAUGACGGUAAUGGAGGCGACGAUGAUACGAACGAGGAAGUGAACAAAAAAGAAUAUGAAGCUUUGAUCAGAAAAUAA